AAGCUGAUGCAAAUACUUAAAACUGUGUAUUCAAACAAGGUUGAUCAUAUGUUAAACCAAGCUGAUGUAAAUUCUUAAACCUGUGUAUUUAAAGAACAUUGAUCAUUCGGAAGUUAGAUGUAGACUUUAACUCAAUGUUUUCAGAUAAAGAUACAAUCUUUGUAGGGUGAACCUUUACAAAUAACUUAGCAAAUAUCGGAGAUGAUAAUUAUACAUAAAAAGGAAUAAGUUUUAUAUCAUUACAGAAGUAAAACUUGAGAACUGUGAUUUAAAGUGUUGCUUUAUUAUAAUGUUUAAAAUGACUCUGAAACGAAAUUGGGGCAGCUUUAUUGGUGAAUAGAUCAGUUCAGAUAACACAUUGAAUAAAAUAUCUACAAAAUGGCUACUGGUAAACAAAUAGAUACGGAUAUUCUUUCCGAUGAAAUAUUUGAUGUGUUAUGUUCAAUGUGUAAAAAUAAAGGGAAAAAUACUGAAGGUGAAAAAUACUGUGUAGACUGUAAGGAUUAUUUCUGUAUAACUUGUGUUCAAGUACAUGGUCAAGUGCCCCUGUGUGCUGGUCACAAGGUGCUGGAUAAAUCACAGGUCAAGUCAGGAACCGGAAAAGGUCUACCGAGGGCACCAGCUGAGAGAUGUGACAGACACAGUCAUAAACACAUUGAUAUGUACUGUCAGAACCAUGAUAAUGUUGGCUGUUCUACAUGUAUGGCAGUUGAUCAUAGAUUAUGCAAGGACACAUUCUACAUACCAGAAUUUAUCCAAAACAGUUCUUGCCAAGUUGCAUCCAGAGAAAUUCAAACAAGACUCAAGGAAAUAGCCAAGACCCUUGCUAAACAAGCUGAUAGAUUUAAACAGGAUAAACAAAGGCUGCUGAAGAGGAAAGCAGAAAUACUGGUUAAUAUAAGAAAAUUCCGACAAGAAAUCAAUGAUCAUCUUGACAAACUGGAGAAAACUUCUAUAGAUGAGAUAGAAGAUAAAGUCAAAUGUCUUGAAGACAAGAUUGAAGCAGGUUUCAAACAACUACAAGCAAACAAGUCCAGGAUUACAUCAGCUAAUGAUAAGUUAACAUCUACAAACACAAAUAAAGCUGAAGUGUUUGUUCAUGUUAAGAUGGCAGAGGAUGCUACACAUGUCGCCAACAUGUAUAUUGAAGAUGCAAAAAUUAAAAAUACAGUAGAAGACAUAGAUUUUCAACCUGAUAGAACAAUUCUUACACAGCUAGAACAAAUGAAGGCCCUAGGCAUACUAUCAGAAAAACCUACAAAGGCUUCUAUUAAUUUAUUUCAGAUUAAAGGACAUCAAUUAUAUAAUGUAAAAGUUAAGUCUGAUAAAAAUAAUUGUCAUAUUACCAGUGCCUGCUGUAUGGAAGAUGGUACAAUAAUUCUUGCUGAUAACAUCAACAUCAAACUUAAACGUUUACACAGUUAUAACUAUACUGUCACAGACUACUGUGAUCUACCUGGAAAACCAUGGCAAGUGUGUAUGAUCAAUAACACACAAGUUGCAGUAACUGUUCCAUAUCAGAAUGAAGUUAAUUUCAUUUCUCUUAGUGGUAAAAUGAAAACAUCAAACAAGAUUAAAACUGAUUUUAAAUGUUUUGGUCUUGCAUAUGCAAACAAUAAUUUAUAUAUUUCAGAUGGUGACACAUCAGUAUAUAUGUAUACAUUGUCUGGUAGGAAGCUUAAUCAGAUCAGUAAAGAUCAAUCAGGACACAAGCUGUUCUCUGACAUAUACAGUCUAGCUGUCAGUCAGGAUGCUACAAGGAUUUAUGUUGCUGACUAUGAUAAUGGACUGAUAGUACUGGACAACAAUGGUCAGGUUAUUACAUCAUUUAAUGAUGAACAAUUAAAGAGGGCUACAUGUUGUUAUCUCACAGAAGCAGCUAGUGUGCUUGUAUCUGGAUAUGGAUCCAAUAAUGUUUUACAGUUUACAUGUGAUGGUGAGCUGAUAGGAGAGGUUAUAAAAGCUGAUAGUAGAAAAGCGAAUAUUAGAUCAGUCGGUUGUAAUCAACAAAUGACUAAGAUGUGUAUAAGCAGAUAUGGAGAUGAUAACAUUGAAGUGUAUGAUAUCUAAUCUUUUAAGUAAAUAUAUGAACCACUAUCAAUAAAAAUAUUAUUUAAAGAAUAUCCUGGUUCAUAUAUAAAAUUCAAUAUUUAAACAGAAAAUGUAAAAGAAAAACAUAGUCACUUAAAUAACUUGAUUGUGACAAGUACAUGACGUUUGUAUAUACAUGUUCAAUAUGUCAUGACACUGCUUAAGUUUAAUUCAUUGUGAAUAUACAUGAAUUGUGUUGUAGAAAUUUAUUUGAUUUAUCAUAUACUUGUAUUCUUGCAUCAUGAUUUAUAUCAAAAUUUAUAUAUUCUUAAAACUGUAUGUUGUGUGACUUAGAUGGUGUUUAUGAGUGAAAUAAAUGUAGAAUUUAAACAUAUUUUUCAUCUAUAUUGGAAUUGUUUCAUUUCUAUGACUUCAAAAGUUGCGUAAUUUUAUGUGCUUUCCUCCUUUUAAAGUAAAUAAAACUCAAAGGCCCAGUACACCAAAAAACAAAUGUUAUUUUUCAAAAAAGGUUUACCCAUUCACUCAGUUAUGAAAAGAAAAAUUGCCUAAAAAAUCUAAACACAGUUAUAUCACUUCACAGAGUUAUGACCUUUUGUUAUUGGAAAAAUAUAAGUUGGCAAGUCAUUCCUAUGACUUAUGAUGAAGUUGAAAAAUAUUCAACUUACCAAUAAAACUUUAUCAAAUAUAUUUAUGAAUACAUGUAAAUGCAAAACCUUGGCCUUGAAAACUCCAUACAAACUUUAAGGACCACCAUAGGUAUGCUCUUUUAAGACAUUGGUGAAAAAUACAAAGGCUGUAUACCAAAAUUGUAAAAAAAUCUAUUGCUAGCACAAGUGACCUUGACCUUGUGACUCCCAACACUGGACCAUCCAAGGUAUGUUCCAUCCAAAUAUGAAAAACAUCAGUCUAUAAAUAAAGGCUGUAUAAGCAAAUAUGUAGAAAUCUAUUUUUGGCAUCCUUGAUCUUGACCCACUGACCCCUAACUCAAUCCAAAGGCAGAAGUCUAUACAAGAUAUAUUCCUACCAAAUAUGGAAAACAUUUGUCCAUAAAUACAGGAUGUAUGGCAAAAGUGUAAACACUUAUUUUAGUGACCUUGAUCAAACUGACCCAUAACACAAUCCAGAGGAAGUAUGAACAAGAACUGUCGGAGGACAGUAACGCUCAACUAUUCUAAAAGUUGUCACAAGGGUGUU